GGCCAGACUCAGGCCAGACGCACCGCAGACGUUGCGGGGUGCGGGUUAUGGAUAAUGGCGUGGAUUGCGUUUAGCUAUUUCUGUGAUGAAUUUGAUUUAUAAAUUUUAAAGCAAUGUUCUUGCAUAAUACUGUAACUAAGUGUCUAAUAUAAGAUUAUAAUGGUAGUUAUAUUUUCUGUGAAAAUUAAAACCGUAUAGUGAUAAUGGCAGCUAAAACAAUGGAAUGGCGGCCGGGCCCCACGGUUUGUCGUUGUUGCCUCGCCGAAGGUUGUUACAAAGACAUUUCUACUGAAUAUUUUUGGAUGGGGAAGCGGGAAGUCUAUUCUGAAAUGCUUUCGGAGACGUUCAGCGUCAGCAUUGCCUACUCAACGGCUGGCGGUCCUAACAGCAACAGCAGGCUCAUAUGCGAGCCAUGCAUAUCUCGGUUACGGGAUGCCUCGGACUUCAAACGGCAGGUGCAGGAGUGCGAGAGGACCUUCAUGCAGCACCUGGACCCUGGCAGCACCUCAACUGCUGGAUGUGAAUUGACCGUGGAGCCGGAAGACGUGAAGAUUGAAACUGUGAAGUUGGAGGCGCAUCUCUCGGAUGUCGAUGUCGAUGAUGGGCCCGACUUCGGUGAUGACGAUGAUGAUGAUCUUGACGACGAGCCUCUUACAAAAUUCGCCACCAAAGUACCAAAAAAAGAGUCUGUCGACCUACUAGACUUAAUCGACAACUCCAAAGCGGCAGAGAAGAGGAAGUCCACCACAAAAGUGAAGGCGACACCCGCGAAAAAGACCAAGAAGGAGACCGUCAAGCCGACUAGUAGCAAACCAAAACCGGAGAAGAAGAAGAAAGAAAAUGAACCAAUGUACUACGUGAGGCGGAACGCUGAGACCGUUGUACAAUACGCAACGGCAUAUCCUUUUAGGCUACCAGAAGAUACGAUGGCAUGUGUGUACUGUUACCAAACUUAUACGGAUUCUUCGCAGUUCAGAAAACAUAUGGAGGACGAACACCAUGACUUUCCAUUGUGGUCUGCUUUCGGCCACGUACCUGAAGGGUACAUUAAGGUCGAUUGCACUGAUCUCCGUUGUCGAAUUUGUUCGGAAGGGUUUGACAAAUUGGGACAGGUAGCUGACCACUUAUUGAAAAUACAUUCGAAAACCUGUAUUAAUCUAUCGCAUGAUUUAGGAUUGCAGCCUUUCAAGUUGGUUAAGGGUAUGUGGAUAUGCGCUUUAUGUGACGAGAAAUUUUCCACGCUUCGUACUUUGAGCAGACACACGCAGACUCAUUUUGCUAAGUACACUUGCGAAUCCUGCGGUAAAUCAUAUUCUAUGGCAUCUUCGUUGCAGGUGCACAUUAAAAAUACGCAUGUUAGUGACGAAAAGAUCUGCAGGAAAUGUAGGAAGACCUUUAAGACUUUGGAUGAUAAACGGAAACAUUUGAAUGAAUCUCCUCGAUGUUGGUCUUAUUUAUGCAAUUUGUGCGGUAAGAGGUUCGUCACAUGGAAUUUGAAGCAAGUCCAUCUGAGCGAAGCACACGGGGUCGAGAAGAAGUCUUACGUGUGCCCGGAGUGUAGUGAGAUCUUCUUAGACCGCAACAAGUACCACGUGCACUUCAAAAUAACUCACACUAACAAUCACUACACAUGCCCAUUCUGCGAGUUGAAGUUUGAUAACAAACGUGGUCUCGACGAACAUAAAGUAGUACACACAAAAGAGAAACUGUACCCGUGUUCAUUAUGUACGAAGUCAUUUGGUAGAAAAAAGAAUUUGACUCAACAUAUGUGGAUCCAUAGUGAACACAAAAGAUUUGAAUGCACUCUUUGCAAUAAGCAGUUCAAUCAAAGAGUCAGCUGGAGGACGCAUAUGAAAAGCUAUCAUCCAGAUAUUCUCAUUCCUCCCUACCAACCGACUAGCAUAUUCGAUACCGAGGAAAAGAAAUUUAGCAUAUAAUUUAGCAAUAAAGCUAUAUAAAUUUACGACUUUAUUCCACAGAGAAUACAGAUCCCUGCUGUAGAAUCUGUUCUGACGCACGAGAAAUUAGGAGAGAUCGCUGAACACUUAUUCAGGCUCCAUUCAAAGACUGACUAAAUUCAAGCUACUGAAAGGAAAGUGGUUGUGUGCUCUGUGCAAUGAUAAGUUCCUGACACUUGGAAUUCUAAGUAGACACACUCAAACACGUUUAUCCCAGUUUACGUGUGCAUAUCGCGCCAAAUCGUAUUCUACAGUAUCGUCCUUACAAUCGCACAUUAAGAACUCGCACAAUGGCGAUGAACGUUUAUGUAUAAUGUGUAAAAAGACUUUUAAAACAUUGGAAGAAAGAGCAACAUUUGGACGCAUUUUUGCAAAGUAUGCUACCAGCGCUUUGA